AUGUACUCCAAAUUCUGGCCCAAGGGCGGACUGCCGGGCAUUCUCCAUCAUUAUACAGAAACACUCGUCACAUUCGAAUACACAUCCAGCGCUGUUCAACAACCUCAUAGUAUCCUCUUUGUCGGAGGUCUCGGAGACGGUCUUGCAACAACAUCAUACACAUCCGACCUAGUUCGCGCACUACAACCGACACAAUGGUCUUUAUUCACACUCACCCUCACAUCGUCCUACCAGUCCUGGGGUCUGGGACACCUCGAUAGAGACACCGACGAGAUCGCUAAGUGUCUACAAUAUAUCAGCGAAUACAAAACCCACAAGUUCGGUCAUGAUAACGGCAAGAUCAUCCUCAUGGGACAUUCUACGGGGAGUCAAUGCGUGAUGCAUUAUUUAUACAGACCGAACCCUCACACAACGGCUCCAGUAUUUGACUCGGAUCUCGAGCAUGUCAAACGCCGGGUCCUCGACGGCGCCAUUAUGCAAGCACCGGUUUCCGAUCGCGAGGCGAUUCUCUGGGUCUUAACGGAAGGCUUUGGAGGCAAAACACCCAGAGAAAUGCGGGAAAUCUAUGGGAAAUUAGAAAAGAUAGCAAAAGAAGCGGAUCAACAAAAUAAAGAAACACAAUCCCCAUUUGACACAAUGCUACCUAUAUCAUUGACGUCUCUCAUCUAUCCGGCCAACACUCCGCUUAGCGCUCGAAGAUUCCUGAGUCUCGCCAGUCCCGAGAGCCCUCAAUCACCGCGAGAGGAUGAUCUAUUCAGCUCGGAUAUUGGCGAGGAACAGCUCGCAAAGACAUUUGGAAUGAUUAAACAGCAGGGAUUGUUGAAGGACAAGCUGAUGGUGCUGUAUUCAGGAGCGGAUCAAUCGGUGCCUGAAUGGGUUGAUAAGGAGAAAUUGUUGUUGAAAUGGAAGAAUGCCGCUGACCAUAACGGCAAGUUUCAAGUCUGGGAUCAGGAACAUAGUGGAAUCAUACCAGGGGCGUCUCAUGCAUUGAGUAAUGAUGAUCAGGCCGAGCCACGGAGAGACUUGGUCCGGAGAGUGCUAGGAUAUUUGCAAAGAUUAGAGAAGUCAUGA